UCUCUAAUAAUUGCGUUGUUAGGUUCACGCGACGCCCCGAGUGCCUGGGGAUGACCGGGGCCCGUCGGGGCAACUGUGUCGCAUGCCCGGCACUCGGCCGAAGGGCGCCCUGACGGCCAGGGCCAUGCCUGCACUGGAUCAGGGGCCGCAUGUAUGAGGCAACGUGCGCCAGGUCGCCGCCAACGACAACGGCUUCCGCCUCGUCCUGGGCCACCUCCAAGCCGCGCAAGAACGACGGUCUGAUGCAGGAUGCCCAGAUGGCAGCCACAGAGAGAUGGCCGUUCCGGCAGGGUGGGUUACCCGGCACCGUCAGGGGGGCGCCGACCAUGUUCGACGACCUGCUGCCGCUGCUGUGGACGCUGCGCUUCGUGCUCAUCCUACCCGUCACCGUGUCUCGCGACACUCGCACCGUGCGCUUCCGCUGGCUGUCGUGGACCAUGCUGGUGACGGCCGUGCUGUGGCUGUUCACGUCCGCGAUCAACUACGCCAUGGUGUGUCACCGCCUCGCCCCCGUCCUCGGCACCGGCAAGCACUUCCACGUCUGGGAAGUGCUACCCAAGUACGCCACGGUCGUCCUCUUGAGCUACAUCGUCUUCCUGCCCGUCACGUGCUGGGCCACGGCUAAUCGCGCGGUGGCGCUCGUCGAGCUCUGGCAGCGCGUUGAGGCUCUCGCCACCGCGGUGACCGGCCCGCUGCACCUGCCUGGGCUGCGCACCCGCGCACGGAUCUACAGCCUCGGCUGCCUGGUCCUGCCCGUGUUGAUGCAGCUGCUGGCCUUGUCCGUUCUGCCAGACGACAGAGUGUGGAUGAUGCCCGGGCUGGUGCACGCCAACGCCUUCGUCAUGGUCAGCACCAUCUUCUGGAUUUGGUGCUGCAGCGCGCUCGGCGCUUUAGGGUCGCAGGUCGCCGCCAGGAUGCCAGCCGACCUGCAGCGCCUGGGCCCGCAAGGGCUGCGCGCACACCGCCAGAUCUGGCUGGGCCUGGCGCAGCUCUUGACCCAGCUGGGCGUCUCCUGGGGCCGUCUGCAAACGGUGAUCCUUGGUCUCUUCUUCGUGGCCUUCACGUGCAUCUCCUUCAUCAUGACGUCAUUAGUGCUGCACGGCAUUUGGGACAAGAAAAUGGUCUGGCAGGGCACUGCGAUGAGCGCCGUCGUCAUAGGCAUCUUCGGCAUCUGCAACAGCGCGCAGAUUGCCACCAACGGGGUGCGCCUCGCGGCCAUCCGGCAGCUGCUCGCGCUGUCUUUGACACACAAAGACGAGCCUACCCGCCAGGAGAUUAUUUCCUUCUUGGACAACAUUCGAGUCGAGCGACAAUGCCUCACGGUCUGCAAGCUCGGUGUCCUUAGCCGUGCCUCGCUGCUCUCGUUCUUCUCGCUGGCGUGCACGUACGUUGUCGUGCUUUCCCAGUUCACUCUCUCCUCGGAGAUCUCCACGAAGAAGUUCGACAAGCUGCCGUCUGUCGCUUGACUUCUCAAAAGGGUUUUAACUGAUCGUGGUUAAUUUCUCUGAGUCGUAUCAUAUCCAUAUUCACGACACCUCCGUACGCUCAUGUCCUCAAACGUCUCAUUUUCAUACCGUUGUCAGUGCUGAGACUUCACCCCCAACCCCAACCCAUUGUGCAAUAUCGCUUUGUAUAGUAGCUGUCUGUCCGACUCUCAUUUUCCCGGACUUUUUGUGAAGUGUUCUCGCUCUGUGUUAGUGACCAUUAAACCAAUUAUUCAAAUCAAA